CGGCCACCUGACCCCCUAGGGCGCAGGCGGAGAGCUGGAUUUGCCCCGUACAAACAUGGCGGCUCACAGCGGCCUCGCUCGGACGUGAAACGGCUGGAGGACCGAGACGGGAAAAAGAAACAAGAGUAAAGAGGCGGUAAUCGGCCUUUGGGGAGAACUCGAGAGCAGUGUGGGCUCGCGGCCGUGCUGCCAGGUUCGAGGAUUACAGGCCUUCAUCAGAUUGCGAAGCAGCGAUGUCUGAGCAAGGCCCCAGUGGAGGUGCUGGCCAUCCCAGCACCAUCAGGCCCGCUGUAACAGUAGCUAGGGGCCUGCCAGGUCGACGGAGCUCUGCCACCGUUACCCCAGGCCGCCUGCCCUCCAUCCGCUCACGGGACCUAACACUGGGAGGGAUGAAAAAGAAAACAUUCACUCCCAACAUCAUCACCAGGAAGGUUAAGGAAGAACCAAAGGAGGACAAUGCCUCUCAGAGGAAAGAGAAGAAAGAACGAGACAAGGAUCGCCAGAGGGAGGCGCGGGGCAGGGGAAGAGGCAGACCCGAAACAAUUCAAUCCCACUCUAUCUUUGAGCAGGGACCUGCUGAAAUGAGGAAGAAAAAAGCUGGUUGGGAUUCCUCCGUGGAUAUGAAGGAGUUUGGAACAUCCCCAAUUAUUAAUAUAAAGAAAGAAAAGCGUGAGUCAGAAGAGGAAACCAAACAGAUUCUCCGAAUGCUGGACCGUGAUGAUUUCAUUGAUGAUCCUGGUCUAAAAAACGAUGCCCGAAACAUGCCCGUCCAGCUGCCACUGGCACAGUCAGGCUGGCUGUUCAAGGAGGAAGUGGAGGAUGAGGGGAUGAAACCUGCCGUGCUGGCCAAGGAAGAGAAGAUGGAGCUGGAUAUCUCCUCUGUGAAAGUUAAGGAUGAACCUGGAGUUGCCAAAGAAAUGCAGAUGUCGAAGAUGACCCAGGCUGUGCAGAAGGAGGUUUCGGUGUCUGAGCUGCUUCAAGAGCUUAGUGUGCGUAAAGAUGACGAACUUCUGUUUCUGCAGCUACCUGACACACUGCCUGGCCAGGCUCCCACUCGCGAUGAGAAACCUGUAAAAGCUGAGGUUCAGGCUGACGAUGGCCAGGCUAUGCAGCUCAAGCAAGAGAAGGCUCAGGAACUGAAACAAGCUGAGAAUUCCUGCUCGCUGAUGGAUUUAACUGAAGGUCAGAUUGGAAAGUUGCUGAUCAGAAAGUCGGGGAGAGUGCAGCUUGUACUGGGACAGGUCAUCCUGGAUGUCACCAUGGGCACAACCUGUUCAUUUCUCCAGGAGCUGGUUUCUAUUGGAUUCGGAGAGAACCGGACUGGUGAAAUGACGGUGCUGGGACAUGUGAAACACAAGUUAGUCUGUUCCCCUGACUUUGAAUCUCUCCUUGAGCAGAGGCAUUAGCUGGAAUUUGAGAUGUACAUGUCAAUAGGCAGCACAGCACCUGCAACACCAAGACAGAAGCAGGUGGCAGGGUGAGCUGCUCUUGCAUUCCCUGAGCUGGGGAAUGCAGGACGGCUUUGCAGAGAAAUGAGCAGCCAGUUCUCAAGGGAAACUGGAAUGAGACUUUCUCUUUAUGGCUGUGUAUAUGUCAUAAUGAGGAUAUAUCUGGUCUGGCUUCUCUAUUAAUUGCUGGCAGUCAGCAAGGUAAUGUCCACAAAUCAUUUUGAGAGACGAUCGUGGAAGCAAUACUGAACUGUGGGAACAGUUGUACACGAAUCAGCAAUAUUUUCAGAAUAAAAGGCAGUGAGAUCCAGGGCCAUCAGCCUUGCUGACCCGAGGUCAGUCUUUGAGAGCUGGUGGAAUCUUUGCACAGUUGUGAUCCAAGAGUUUGAACUCUUGAGAGUUCACAUUCAGACUUCGUUCUAGUUUGAAUCCAUGCUGUCAGGAACAGAAAGUUAAUGUUCCAUUUGAUUCUUCUUGCUUGCUGGACUUUGGUCAGGUAACAAGAUCAGCAUCAAAAACAUUCGACACUCCACGUAUUGCAAGUUAGGAGAUGUCCUGGUUUGGGUGGGAAUGAAGAUUUUAGAUUGUGUCUCACACUGUAACAGCACUCUGCUGUGCUAUGUCAGCUUUCCUGCUAAAUUAUUUUAGUUUGGCAUUGUUGUCUCGGUGACUUAGAUGAUGUUUUAUGAUGUGGUUUCAGCCAAAGAAAUCCUAUAAUUUGUGGGACCUCUUAGAAUAUCUUUUCCUUAAGUUUACUAGGGCAUGGCACUAUUAACCACAAUAGUUUAGUAGUGCUUUAUGGUUUACCUAUAGCUUUCAUAAGUCAUGGUUAGACUGACACCCAUUUUUAGUGUCAGAAUUGCAUCCCUCAAAACUCUAUCAAUGUUUUGUGUAACUCAGAGACAAAGCAUAAUUUUUAAUUGUGCUGCUGGGUGCUUUUCACAGUUCUAAUGGUUUCUCAUAACACAAAUUGUCCUGAAAUCCUAAUACUUUAAAAUUGCAUCUUAAAUGUAUGACUGGCCAGAGGAUCUUUGCACAUUUUCACUCUCUCUUGCACUCUUGAAAAGGCUUGUGCUGAGCAAUGUUACAGUAUAGGAGGAAACUGACAGCACAGAGCUUAACGUCUGCCCUUUGUAAGAUGAUCACUUAAAUCAGUGAUCUAUUUGACCAGUGUAUAGUGAGUCUGAAUGUUAAUAUUGAUUUGGACAGCUCAGGAUUGGAACUGGUUAAGGCUAUGUUAACCUCGUUCUUGACUUAAUGGAUGUUAAAAUCACAACAAGUUUGGAAAAUCAUAUUGCAACUCUUCCACUGCUGUGCUAUGUUUGGAUGAGUAUUUUUGGAUCUUGGAUUGGAAAUAAACUUCUCAUUUCUUUUUAAGAUGGA